GAAAAAAACAAGCAUCAGAAGAAGGUAUUGAGGAUGCUUUGGAGAACUGAGGUAGCAGCCCAAACAAAUAAAGAAGUUGGCAAUAAAAUACCAAAUUAUCCAAAGUUGUGCCACAUAUAUCAAAAGUGAAGUCUAUGCUCAAACAUUGCAAUCCUUCAAUCCUUCGAGGACUGGUGGUGGAGGUCCUCGAAGGACCGGCGGAGGAGGUCGCCGGAGUAAUAGAGACAACAGUUACCAAAGGUCCAACUUUACCAAAUGUUGAUGUGGUUGAGAAGUGUUUUGGACCUCAAAGACGCAGUCAUGUAAUUUGUCAUGGAGGUGGGGUGACUCGGAAGUAUUUGAAGGGACCAUCUUGUAAAAAGGCUGAACAUGAAGCCAAAUUGAAUGUCAAAGAUGAAGAAAAUAGCUACUUGAAGAAUCGUCUAAAUACAUUAGAGGAUGAAUUCCAAAAGAUCAAGGAGAUGCUGCAAAGUCAAGAAAAAAAGCUAGACAUUAACACUUGACAAUAUAUCUCUAGUUUUAUUUUAUGUUUAGAAACUUCAUACCUAACGUAUCAUCUACCUCUUAUUUUAUUUGUUUUUGAGAUACUUUGAUGUGCUGAAAAAAUAUGCUAAGAUUUAGUUUUUGUUUGUUUUUGAAACACGUUAAUCUUGCUACAUUUGAAUAUUUAAUCAUUAGUUUUCAAGUUGCUUUAGCUUUGUA